AUGAGCAAGAGAAAAGCUCAUUACUCAUACAUACAUGCUCUCCAAAACACCAUGGCAACCACAACCCGAGACGAAUCCGAUUAUGAUAGCAGCUGUUCUUCCAUAACAGUGCAGGACUCCAGCCGGAGCUGGCUCAGCUCGGCCAGCCGCCGGAGCUCCAUAUCCCUCUCCUCCUCCGGCGACACCUAUAUCUCCAACUGUCACAAGCCACACCAGGCAAACCAAGCAGCCUGGGAAGCCAUGAAGCGCCUCCGCGGAGACAAAGGAGGCCAAGUCGGGCUCGAACAAUUCCGGCUGCUCCGCCGGCUCGGCAGCGGUGACCUUGGAAACGUGUACCUUUGCCAGAUUCGGAACCCGGUGGUGGGGUUGCCUCACUGCUUUUAUGCCAUGAAAGUGGUGGACAGAGAAGCUCUGGUGAUAAGGAAGAAGUUGCAGAGAGCAGAAAUGGAGAAGGAGAUUUUGGGCAUGCUUGAUCAUCCAUUUUUACCCACUUUGUAUGCAGAGUUUGAUGCCUCUCAUUACUCUUGCCUGGUUAUGGAGUUUUGUCCCGGUGGAGAUUUGCACGCAGCCAGACAACGCCAACCCGGGAAGCGGUUCAGCAUUUCAUCUGCUAAGUUUUAUGCAGCAGAAACUCUUCUGGCCCUAGAGUAUCUCCACAUGAUGGGUAUUGUUUACAGAGAUCUUAAGCCAGAAAAUGUGCUUGUUAGAGAAGAUGGUCACAUAAUGCUUUCAGAUUUUGAUCUCUCUCUCAAAUGCGACGUCGUUCCAAAGCUCCUAAGGCCAAAACCUGACCCACAAGCCAUUGACAAGAACAUAAAAACCUCAUGCUCAUCACCUUCUUGUGCAUUACCCAUCCAGCCAGUUCUCUCUUGUUUCUCAUCAUCCACCAAGAAAACCAAACCCACCAUCACAACAACAAUCACAGAACAAGUUGAUUUUCAAGAACACAAUCCAGAAUUAGUAGCCGAACCCGUUAACGCUAAAUCCAAAUCCUUCGUCGGAACUCACGAGUACUUGGCGCCGGAGGUGAUCUCCGGACAAGGCCAUGGCAGUGCUGUGGAUUGGUGGACUUUUGGGGUGUUCUUGUAUGAGCUCUUAUAUGGAAGAACACCCUUCAAAGGAGAGAACAAUGAGAAAACCCUAAUCAACAUAUUAAAGCAGCCAUUGAUUUUCCCAAGAAUUGGUGUUAGUACAAGCAGAGAAUAUGAAGAAAUGGUGAAAGUUCAAGAUCUCAUAAGCAGGCUGUUAGUGAAGAAUCCAAAGAAGAGAAUUGGAAGUUUAAAGGGUUCUGUUGAGAUCAAGAGGCAUGAGUUCUUCAAGGGUGUGCAUUGGGCUUUGAUUAGGUCAGUAAGGCCACCAGAGGUCCCUAGUGAUCUUCAGAAGAUUAGAAGUAGAGUUGUUUUACCUAAGUUAAGCAAGAAAGAGAGAGAUGAACCAUAUCAGAUCCCCCAUCAUUUUGACUACUUCUAAGUUCUAAGUGUAAAAAAAUUAGAUAGUAAGGAAAGCAAGAAUGUAUGAUACUAAAGAAAGAGUUGUUUUUCUCUAUUUACCCCUAGCUAAUGAG